CUUAAUUCCAAAAUUAUCACCGAAGAAGACGAAUUUUUUCAGAAGCAGAAAAACGAGAAAGUUUCCACUUUUACCCUUCAAAGCAAAAUGGCAGCAAAAUUUUAAUCAACAGCAAGCAAUGGAAACCCUAAUUACAGAAUCAACAACCAAAACCCAAAACCCUAAUCUUCUUUCACUUCUCAUUGAUUCAUUUACCACAUACAAGUGUGAUCCAACACCAUCCGCAUACUCAUUCAUCAUCAGAAACUUAACCCAGAACUCCCAAUUUGAUCAAAUCCCAUUAGUUCUCAACAGACUGGAAAAAGUUGAGAAAUUUGAAAUCCCAGAAAGAUUUUUUAUUAAUUUGAUUAAGAUUUAUGGGGAUGAUUUGAAUCAGAUUGAAAAUGCUACUGAUUUGUUUUAUAGAAUCCCUAAUUUCAGGUGUGUACCUACUGUAUAUUCACUUAAUGCAUUACUUACAGUACUUUGUAAAUCACAACAAGGUCUUUCAAUGGUGAGUCAAGUCUUAUUGAGAAGCAGUGAAUUAAUGAGUAUUCGAUUAGAAGAAUCGAGUUUUUGUAUACUGAUAACUGCUUUGUGUAGGAUUAAGAAAUUCGGUUAUGCAAUUGAGUUAUUACAUAUGAUGUUGUCUGAGCAUAGGUAUGAACCUGAUUAUGAAAUGUAUUCUAAAAUUUUCAUGGAGAUUUGUGAAAGGGGAGAUGUUGAUGAGGUUAUGGGGUUCUUGGAGGAGUUUAGGAAUGCCGGGUUUGUUUUAAAUGGAGAGAAUUAUAGUGAUUUGAUCAGGGUUUUGGUUAAAAAUGGGAAAGGCAAAGAGGGUUUAGAUAUGUUGUAUCGAAUGAAAAGUGAUGGCAUGAAGCCUGAUGUUGUUUGUUAUACUAGGGUUUUAGAAGGGGUUAUCAGUACAAGGGAUUUCGAGAAAGCCGAGGAGUUGUUUGAUGAAAUGCUUUUGUUAGGUGUAGAGCCUAAUGUUUAUACGUAUAAUGUUUAUAUCAAUGGUUUAUGUAAACAGAAUAAAAUCGAAGAUGGUUUUAAGAUGGUUGGGCAUAUGGAAGAGUUGGACUGCAAACCUGAUGUGGUAACGUAUAAUACACUUAUCGGAGCAGUAUGUAAAUAUGGGGAAGUAAAGAGAGGGAAAGAGGUUUUGAGGAUGAUGGGUAUGAAGGGUGUUGGAGGGAAUGUGCAUACCUAUAGGAUUUUGAUUGAUGGGUUGAUUGGUAAGGGUGAAUUGAUAGAAGCUUGUGGGUUACUCGAGGAGAUGUUUGUGAAAGAUUUUGUUCCUCGCUCUUCAACUUUAGAUGCGAUGAUUACUGGGAUGUGUGAACGGGGACUUGUUGGACAAGCAUUACAGGUACUGAACAAAAUAGUCGAAAGGAAUGUUGCUCCUGGGGAAAAGACGUGGAAAGUACUGCUUUGUGAAUCAAAAUUAGAUUUCAAUGAUGCGACGCGGAAUAAUUUUGACUACUUAGUUGCUUAGAGUUAUCCCACUUUCUGUUCGUGGUUGGAGUAUAAUUUUUCUUAUGUUGGAGGAAAAACAAGAGUAUAUUUUGGAUACCAUCAGAGGUCAUUGCUCCUCUUGGGAAACAAAUAUUAUAUAUACUGGGCGCACAAGCGAAUCAAUCUGUCAAAGAUAACGUAUUGGCAUAAUCAUCAUCUUGUUGGUGUUAUAGUUGAAAUGCCCCCAACAACACACCUGUAUCAUGCCAAGGCUUGAUGGCUGGAUGGGUAGUUCUAUAAUGGAUGCUAUGGUGCCGUGUAGUCCACAAUCCAUUGGAAAAACAACUCAAACAAAUUGGGAAUGGCGGACAAUCCGUUGGAAUUACUGUAGAAGGAUUCAUGUAACGGCAGCUAAAAGAAGUUCCAAAUUUGAUACUCAAGUUCUUCAUGUAUCACCUGAAGACGUUCAAAUCCAUGGUAGAGAUCAGGAAUUUCAACAGGCUAGGAAUAUGCAGCAGCUUGGGGACACAGGCAAUUGGUCGCAACCAACAGUGAAACGUAAGACAAAGAUUGUCUGCACUAUUAGUCCAUCUACAGAUACACGAUAAAUGAUAUGGAAGCUAGCUGAGGCUAGUAUGAAUGUUGCUCGCAUGAAUAAGUCUCAUGGAGAUCAUGCCUCACAUCAAAUAUGUUAUAGAUUUAGUUAAAGAAUACAAUGCACAGUCCAGCGAAAAUGUCACCGAGAUCAUGUUAGACACAAAGGCAGGUUUUCUUAAUCUCUCAUUCGAAUGUUUUAUUAACUGACUUGGGUUUUCUCGAUUGCCAUAAGAACUUCAGAUAUGUAAGUUUCCAUAGCUAAUUAUAGUAGAACAGUAUUACGCGUUAAAA